CUAGGUUUUCCCAAAGAAUGCUCGCAUCUGUUCCUUCUAUGAUUUCGAAGCGUGCUGUGACUCUUGCUCGCAGUUUCGCCGGAGCUGUUGAUUUAACGAAGCCUUUCACUGAAAGACUUGCUGAAGCUCGCCACAGCGCCCUUAUUGGUGGAGGCGAGACAGCGCAGUUAGAUUCUCAGCACAAGCGUGGCAAGCUGACCGCUCGUGAGCGUAUCGAGCUGCUGGUGGAUAAGGGUUCGUUCCGCGAGUACGACCAGCUGAAGGCGCACCGCUGCGUGCAUUUCGGUAUGGAGAAGCAGAACUACCCUGGCGAUGGUGUUGUGACGGGUCACGGAACGAUCAACGGUCGUCUGGUGUUCCUGUUCGCUCAGGACUUCACUGUGCUGGGAGGUUCUCUGUCUGGCACGAACGCUGAGAAGAUCUGCAAGGUGAUGGACAAGGCCAUGGACGUGGGUGCUCCGGUGAUCGGUCUGAACGACUCCGGCGGUGCUCGUAUCCAGGAGGGCUGCGACUCUCUUGCUGGCUACUCGGAGAUCUUCAAGCGGAACACUCUGUCGUCGGGCGUGAUUCCGCAGAUCUCUCUGAUCAUGGGUCCGUGCGCUGGAGGCGCUGUGUACUCUCCUGCGAUCACGGAUUUCAUCUUCAUGGUGCGCGACACGUCGUACAUGUUCAUCACGGGUCCGGACGUGGUGAAGACGGUGACGCAGGAGGAAGUGACGCAGGAGGAGCUGGGCGGCGCUGCGAUCCACACGAAGAAGUCUGGCGUGGCGCAGGGCGCGUUCGACAACGACGUGGAGAUGCUUCGCGCGAUGCGUACGUUCUACGACUACCUGCCUCUGAACAACCGCGACGGCGUUCCGAGCCGCGUGUGCACGGACCCGCGGAGCCGCGCGGAGCCGGCGCUGGCGAACAUCGUGCCGCAGGACGCGAACAUGCCGUACGACAUGAAGAAGCUGGUGAAGCUGGUGGUGGACGAGCAGGAGUUCUUCGAGACGUCGCCCGACUUCGCGAAGAACAUCGUGGUGGGCUUCGCCCGCAUGGAGGGCCGCACGGUGGGCGUGGUGGCGAACCAGCCGCUGGAGCUGGCGGGCUGCCUGGACAUCAACGCCUCGGUGAAGGGCGCGCGGUUCGUGCGCUUCUGCGACGCGUUCAACAUCCCGCUGGUGACGUUCGUGGACGUGCCCGGCUUCCUGCCCGGCGUGAACCAGGAGCACCGAGGAAUCAUCCGCGAGGGAGCCAAGCUGAUCUACGCCUACGCGGAGGCGACCGUGCCCAAGGUCACCGUCAUCACCCGCAAGAGCUACGGAGGCGCGUACUGCGUGAUGUCCUCGAAGCAUCUGCGCGGAGACAGCAACUACUCGUGGCCCAACGGAGAGAUCGCCGUCAUGGGAGCCGAGGGAGCCGUCAAGAUCAUCUUCCGAGGAAAGGAUCUCCAGAAGAACAAGGCCGAGUACGCCUACAACUUCGCCAACCCGCUCAUGGCCGCCCAGAGAGGAUUCAUCGACGACAUCAUCGAGCCCACCGAGACCCGAAGAAGACUCUGCGAGGACCUCGAGAUCCUCCAGACCAAGAAGAUGACCAAUCCUUGGAGAAAGCACGGAAACAUCCCGCUGUAAAGAGCGAGAGGUCCGAGCCGAAGAAAAAGGAGAAAAGGAAAAUGAAUGGUUGGUGUAUUGGAAAAGAAAGAAUGAAUGAAAGUUCGAUGAACUGGAUUAGGAUGUAUAAAGU